CCUCCGGUAGCAGUCAGACGUGCCCGGAGUCACAGGGUAGAACACGUCGCUCCAGUCCACCCACUCGCUCGCAUUUAACCCAGCCUGCAGCCCUUGCCAUUGCUUCUCCGUUCUCCCCAGCGCUGCAACGUGGAAGGACAUGAGCCAUAGCAGCAGCAGCAGCAGGACGAUCUAAGUCUCCUUUGUCCCCCCUCGGGAGACAGGCACGCUUCCCGGCGACUCUGCUUGAGCCAGGGGCGUUCCUGGUGCCCACCAGCUGGAAAAGGGCAUCGUGUCUCUAGCUGGCUUCGGCGCUGAGAGCAAGGGGCUGCGGCCAGCCAGCCAGCCUUAACCCCAGGAGAGCGCUUGGGUUCAAAAAAGGAAGCCGGGAAAGGGCAGAUUUGAUGGAAAGGAUCACCAGUGCCCAGCCGCCUCCACCUUGCCUGGGCAAGCUGCCCACCCUGGAGAGCAACGAAAUGCCCGGGUUGGAUUUUGCCCACAUGUAUCAAGUUUAUAAGCCCAGAAGAGGGUUGAAGAGAAGCGACGACAGUAAGGAGACCUACAAGUUGCCCCACAGGCUCAUAGAAAAGAAAAGACGUGAUAGGAUUAAUGAGUGCAUUGCCCAGCUGAAAGAUCUUUUACCAGAACAUCUCAAACUUACAACUUUAGGUCACUUGGAAAAGGCCGUUGUUCUUGAACUUACCUUGAAGCAUGUGAAAACACUAACCAGUCGCAUUGAACAACAGCAACAGCAAAUCAUUGCUCUGCAGAAAGGUUUAGAUGCUGAUGAGCUGCCACCAAGGAGCCUUGAAUCUAGCCAGGAGUUGUUUCGAUCUGGUUUCCAGAUGUGUGCCAAAGAAGUGCUGCAAUAUGUGGCAAAACACGAGACUAGCAAGGAUUUGAAAUCUUCCCAUCUUAUUAGCCACCUACAAAGAGUAGCCUCUGAAGUUCUUCAGAGCAGAGCAAGCAGAAAAUCUGGAGAAGCAGUUCCUAAACUGAUGGACUUGAAGGAAAAUUCUGGCCCCUUGACCAAAGCAGCUGAGGCACAUGGGAGAAACUGUGUGCCUGUGAUUCAGAGGACUUUUGCUCAUUCCAGCGGAGAACAGAGUGGCAGUGACACAGACACGGACAGUGGGUACGGGGGAGAGCUGGAAAAAAACGACUCCAAAGCUGACCCGCAAUAUUUUAAGAAGGACACUGAGCUCAAAUACUCUGUGCAAGAAAGACUCAGUUCUAUCAAGAAAGAAAAUGAGGACCCCCCUGCCAAAAGGACCAGAAUGGAAACGUCAGAUGAUGAUGGCCAUUUUAGUAGUGAUGUCCUCGGCUCCCCAAGCAGUUUUUUGGGCCCGCACCCUCAUCAGCCUCCUCUGUGCCUGCCUUUCUAUUUGAUCCCACCCUCAGCAACAGCAUACCUGCCUAUGUUGGAGAAGUGUUGGUAUCCGGCCUCUGUGCCUGUCUUGUAUCCAAGCCUCCCAGCGUCCACUGCAGCUCUUUCGGGGUUAAUAAACCCUGAUAAAAUUUCUUCUCCUUUACUGAUGUCUCAGCGGCUCCCUUCUCCAGUACCAUCUCAUUCCCCCAUGGACUCUACUGCUCUGCUUCAUGCCCUGAGUCAGAUGUCUCCUUUGAAUUUGGAAACCAAAGAGUAGAUAUGGGCAUGGGCUCUCUGUUGAGAUUUUUGUUGUCAUUGCUGAGUUUGAGCUUAUUUCCAGUUUUUUUCUAAACUGGCUGAAUUGAGACAGAGGAGACAGGGAGGUCAUUGAUUGUGUUCAUGUAGGAAACCAAAUCCUCCCUUGCUUUGACUGCUCAGGAAGUUUAGGAAAGACCUCCGAGAUAUUCUCAAAUUAAUAUACAAAAAAAACAGGGGUGGGGUUGCAAUUAAAUGUUUUGAAAUGCUUUUUAUUUUUUGCCAUCUGCAGAUCAACAGCUGACUUUUAACUAGCUGAGAUUAAAUUUCAAAGCUGUGAAAGAGAAGUAAAACAUUAGGCAGAUUUAGGGUCUGUUAAUUUUUUUAAAAAUAGCAUGGUACUGCUUGUGAGGACCCUUGGCCGAAAGCCAAGAGCUGGCCUCCCUAUUCUGCUUCUGCCAAUAUUGACAGUCUCUAACAUGAACACAUGCAUAUAAACACACACGUGUAUAUAUGGCAACUGAAGCAUUGGUAUUAAUCCUGCUAGUAGCAGUCAGUGGCUGAUAGAGCACAGCAAGUGAUUUCAGGGAGAUUUUGAGAUGGGCGCCUCACUCCGUUUCUGCUAAAUAUACCCCCAGUGCUGCCUGGAAUUUUUCAUAGAUUGCAAAAUGAAUGAAUGGAUUUCUUAAAGUAAAAGUUCAGAUCAAUUUUACUUGAGUUGUUUGGUUGUGCUGGUCUGGGGUGGGGAUGUUUCAUGGAUCUUUGCUUCUCACAGUAGAUGUGGGCUCUUGCAGCUGCUGGACAGGAACUAGUCUGUAGUAGGCACAGAGAAUGAUUAAAGGUGCAGGUUUGGGCACGAUCUAGGUCUGCUUAACAUAUACUGGCAUACAAUUGAUAUUUUAAAAAUGGGAAUGCCUACCACCCGCUGCUCAUUCCACAGAUCCAAUCCUGUUUGCAAAAAUAUUAGAAUAAUGUUAUCAGUCAACUCUGAUUUUGUUCCCUGUAUUAUUGUAUUUAAAGAAAGCCAAGUCUGGCGGUUACAUAACAGAGUUUUGUGUCUAUAACAGGGCAGUUGACUUUCUCCCAGAUACCUGCCCAAACGACUCUAAGAGAAGCCGAUCAGAAAUGUUACCAUUGUCGAGAUUAAGGGCUUACCCAGAUGUUUCUGGCAUAGUUGGUGCCAGCACCUUGGCAAGCCCAGGCAGCUUGUGGGGGGCCCAUGAGUGUUUGAAAGGCCAACCCAGCCCUUCCUGAGCAAUCCCUAACCCUCUGUCCCUGCUUCUUUGCUGUUGCUCAGAAAGCUAGCAGGUACGAGAGGAGAACAAAAAUUUCUCACUCCAAACCUCAUUCUUGGUUUGCAAUUAAGCACUUUAGAACAAACACGAAUAGAUGGAAUUUGGAAGCAGGAUGGUGGAGGGAUUCUGCCGUGGAAGCUGCCGCCCAAAGGGUUAAAGAUCACGGAAGUGAAUAAGCAAGACGUUAUUGGCGAAGCAAAAGCCUGUUUCUUACCCAGGUGGCAAUGUCAGAGCUGGCCAGGGGCUUUCAUUGGAGAGGGCAGGUGGGUUUUUUUUUGUUUCCCAUCCCUGCCGGCAACUGCUGCUACCCACAGCUGUGUCCCCCCGCAGAUCCACACAAAUUGACCGAGGUCAGCGUGUGCUAUGCAGUUGUCACAUCUGGACUGCCCUAUUUGCUGUGGGGAUUUCACUGUGGGAGAGAUGCCCACCUUUCCACAAGACAUUUCCUGUGCUCAGGAUUGUGGAGUGCAGCACCAGAUGACAGAGCUGUCAUCUGGCUGAGUCCAAACAUCUCCCCCAGCACUGCAUACAUUCUGCACUGAUGAGUAUUCCAUUUGAUUUGGCUAUUUAAAAUAUAGUAAUAAUCAACAACGAAUGGUGGUGACAUCUUGCUAGUUUUGAGAAAUUCAUAGAGUGUCUGUCCUAUGAACUUUUUUUUACACUAUUGCACCAAUUGCUAAAAUGCACUAUGCUCAAUUGUUGAUUGUGUCUGACCAUUUAUUUUAUUGUUUGUUUCAAAACAUUUUUGUACACAGUCGUUGCCUUUAUUUGUAAAAUCUGUUAUGAAUAUGUGUACAUAGAAAAAUAUAUGGAUAUGUAAAAUACAAUGUUUCAGAAGUCUAUUAUUUGUAAAACUGCUUCAGUACAAAGAAAGUAGAAAAUAUGAAUGUAUUUGUUUUUUCUUUCUUUCUAAAGAUGCUGUUUUGUUUUUCUCUGGGGAGAGGUAGAGCGUUUAUAUUUUUGGAACCUUCCUGAAGAUGGGGAUAUUGUAAAUAUUUUUAUCAGAGUAAAUGUUAAGUAGUUGUUUUAAAAAUACUUAAUAAAUUCUUUUCCUGUGGAA